AUGUCCUCCUUGUUGAACAUGCCAACUUUUCAUGCCCUUUUUCUAUUCACCAUUGCCUUAACUUUCUACAAGCUCCAUGCAAGCCAAUCUAGCACCUAUAACUCACUAACAUUUAGCUUAACUCAUUCCAAGUUGGCAAAAGAUGGCUCUUCAUCAUCUUUCUCCGAUAGAGUAUCGCAAAAUCAAAGCCUCCCAAUCAAAGAAAUACCCGAUGGAUUUGUCAUGUCCAUCUCACUCGGAACCCCCCCUCAACUCAUCCAAAAACUAUUUUUCGACACGGGUAGCGACCUUAUAUGGGUGCCUUCCGGGAACCAAUCUAACCCUUUCCAAUGCCAGGGUUGCGAUAACAACUACUAUAAGAACCUCAAUUUAACUAUUUACAAUCCUUUAUCAUCCACCUCAAGAUCGAGAGAGUCUUGUUUAAGUCUCAUAUGUGCCGACAUUCAUGGCAAUGGAGACUAUCACGACACGUGCACUGCAGUGGGUUGCUCGUUGUUUAGCUUACUCAACAACACGUGUGACAGGCCUUGCCCUUCGUUCAAUUACGAAUAUGGUGAUGGCAUUGUGGCCGGGUCUAUGACGAGGGACACGCUUGUGGUCCUUCCAGAUAAUAACAAUGACGGUAGUAAUAAUCCCAAUAUUUCUUUUGGUUGUGUUCGCACCACUUAUAGAGAGCCGAUAGGAAUUGUAGGGUUCGGUAAAGGCCGUCUAUCUUUCCCUUCACAACUAGGAUUUUUGGGGAAAGGGUUCGCUCAUUGCUUUUUACCGUUUGAUUACUCGAGCAACCCUAAUUAUUCCACACCAUUGAUUCUAGGUGACCAAGCAAUAUCCUCCAAAGAAUAUAUGCAAUUCACCCCAAUGCAAUACAAUCCCUUGUACCCAAAUUUCUAUUACAUCGGUCUCGAGGGCAUCACCGUGGGAAACACGACCACGAUACCUGCGCCCGAGAUACUAAGGCAUUUUGACUCGUCGUUGAACGGUGGCAUGAUAAUCGACUCGGGAACACGUUCCACCCAUUUGCCCGACCCGUUCUAUUCAGAUCUUCGUAAGGCGAUUGGUUCUGUUGUGAAAUACCCUCGGGCGCCGGCGGCAGAAGCUGGAACCGGAUUUGACCUUUGCUACCGAAUUCCGGUGAGCGCUACUCAACCCUACGAUCUUCCGUCCAUCACUUUCCAUUUCUUAAACAAUGUGAGCCUCGCGUUGCCCCAAGGUAGUCUAUUUUAUAAGGUGGCCCCACCGAUAAACGGUACUCGGCCCGUGUGUUUGUUGUUCGAGAGAAUGGAUGAUGAUCCGGAAGCUUCAGGAGUGUUCGGAAGCAGCCAACAAGAGAGUGUGGAAGUUGUUUACGAUCUCGAGAAUAAAAGAAUUGGAUUUCACGAGAUUGUCCCCGACCCCACACCAAUCACCCCUGUCAGAACCCAUACGGCUCGAUUUGCCUCAUUUCGCUUGCCCGACCCCAAAAUUCUUCCUCUCGUCGUUGCUUUCUUGCCCAUUGGAACCUCAACAACCUUCGGAGUCGAAUCGGCUAGAUCCACGGCGGCGAACCUUCACCACUUGUUCCCUUUGCCGCCGCCCAGCAUUCCUCAUCACCCUUGA